AUGGCCAAUGCCAAGCGCCGCAAGCUGCAGCGCCAACACCAGCGCCCCAACGUGCAAAGGCCCAAACCAGCGCUGCGCGGCGGCGCCCGACGCGAUGCCACGCCCAGCAAGGGGCAGCCGCCCUCGAGAAAGAAGCAGCAGCAGCGGCGGCUCGAAGAACCCGUCAUCCCGUUCCGCCCCGAGGACAAGAUCCUGCUCAUCGGCGAGGGGGACCUGAGUUUUGCCGCGUCCAUCAUCCGGCACCACGGCUGCGUCGACGUGACGGCCACGGUGCUUGAGCAGCAUCACCACGAGCUGGCGGAAAAGUACCCCUCGGUCGACGACAACAUAUCCGUCAUAACCGGGCGCACGGGGCGCACAGGGCCAAGCACUCGGCAGGACGGCGGCGACGGCGACGACGACGACGAAAAGCACGACGAAGAGGAAGCGCCCACAACCACCACCACCACCACCACCAACAGACUCCUCUACGGCAUCGACGCGACCAAGCUCCCCGCCUCGCUCGCCCGCCCGGUAUACUCCGCCGUCGUCUUCAACUUCCCCCACGUGGGCGGCAAGUCGACCGACGUGAACCGCCAGGUCCGGCACAACCAGGAGCUCCUCGUGUCCUUCUUCCGCGGGGCCACGCGCGCCCUCCGCCCCGGCGGCACCAUCGUCGUCACGCUCUUCGAGGGCGAGCCCUACACGCUCUGGAACAUCCGCGACCUCGCGCGCCACUCGGGCCUCCAGGUAGACCGGAGCUUCCGCUUCCAGGCCGCCGCGUACCCCGGGUACAAGCACGCGCGGACUCUCGGCGCCGUGCGCACCAGGAACGGCGACCUGGGCGGCGGGUGGAAGGGCGAGGAGCGGACCGCGCGCAGCUACGUCUUCCGGAGGAGGGGCGACGUCGCCGCGCAGACGGGCACCAGGAAACGGAGGGGGCGCGACGGCGACGACUCGGAUUCCUCGGGCGACGAUGGAUGA